AUGGCGGUGGUUCUAGAGGCUACAAGCGCAAUUCGAAUCCAACCGCCAACAUCACCGGUUCGACUUGACGAUGACGAAGAAGAAGUCGUCCCCGAUUCGCCACCUCAAAAUCUCAAGCGCAAAAAAAACAAGGGGAAGGCGGCUGAAACCGUAGUCGAAACCAAAGGCGAUUCGAAACCAAAGGCGAGACCUUGGACAAAAGUAGAGGAGGAGGCGCUAGCAAUGGCGGAACAACAAAACGGGUGUUGGUUUUGGAAGGCGAUAACGGAUAAAUUUAACGCGAUUAUGGAGCAAGGCCCGAUGCGCGAUGUCGAUUCCGUCUCUGGCAAGUGGCGUAAAAUGAGCAAGAUCAUCAACCGCUUUUGCGAUAUUUAUAACCUUUAUUACAUUAAUCCUCCUAGUGGGAGUAACGAGGAUGACAUUCUCAACCUUGCUUUGGCUAAAUGGGAUGAGAAGAAUAAAACUCAUUUCGAACACAUCCGAGCAUGGAAAGUUUUAAAGAAAGAAAACAAAUGGAAGCCUAUUCCUAACGAGGUCGCAACCGCCAAACGGAGAAAAACUUCGGAGUCUGGAAGUUAUAGUGCGGGAGGCUCCACCGCUCGUUGUCACAUAGACAUAAACGACGAACCGGAAUUUGACGAGGAGGAGUUUGCCGUUCACGAGUCGGAACGUCCCCCUGGAAGGGACAAAGCAAAAAAAGAGGCGGCCGGAAAGAGAAAAGCGGGCGGCUCGAACCAUACGUCUUCCGGGGCCGGUUCGAAAAUGGACGAGUCGAUAUCCGAAUUCCGUUCGUUCAAAGAGCUCACGGCGGAAAAAAUAUGUUUAUAA